AUGACAUACGCUCUAUCGGAGGGUCACGUGGCACGCUUGUUUGGUUCGGGGAAACUGGGAAUCGCGAUUCUCGAAUACUACGCCCCAGACUCGCGAGAUACGCUUGCCAGCUUCAUCUCCAGUCUCGGGAUGAACGGGCCGCGUCCAUCUACUCGCGCUUUCCUCUGUGAUCUCCCGUGUCUGCCGGCGGACUCUAAGAUCCGCUUUCUCGGCUGCGUGAGCCAAUACGAUGUUAUCACGGGUCAUUUAACCCUGGAGCACAACUAUCCCCGCAGCCGUGGAGAACCAAGUUCGGUGUCGGUCGAUAUCAAUGCCGUUUUGGCCGACCUAACCUCAGAGGAGCUCCGAGUCGGCUCAUGGCUCAACGUGCUAGGCUAUGUUCGAGACACAAACCCUCCAGUGUCCUCGUUCUCUUCGUCUCAAUCAAAUGGAAAUGAAGUAACCCAGUCAUUACCAACGAAAGUCGCCCCUCGCCCCGUCUAUGUUGACGCGGUCAUGGUCUUCUCAGCCGGUGCAAUUGCACUGGGAGAGUAUGAGCGUAUCCUACGCACAGUCCAAGAUGUGGAGCGGAGAAUCCGCUUCUCUACAUGA